CAGCGAGAAUGGUCCAUUAGAGGUACUGCUCGAGAUGAAUCAAUUAGACAUUGCCAAACUUAUGCAGUGAGAAUGCUUCAUAAAGUUUCCCGGCUACUGCUGCUAUUACGAUUUUUGAGUUUUUCUUCGUAAAUUUUAUGAUUAAUGGCAGCGAUAAAUAAUGUUUCCGUUGUGGAAAAAAAAAAAAAAUUAAAAACGUUCCUGGCUCACUGAAGUAAUAAAAGUUCCUGUAUUGAGAUCUACAUCUGAGAUGCCAGGUUCAUCAAGAAUUGAUUUUUAUCAUUUGUCACUUUUUAUAUAGAAAUGGAAUUGUCAAAAGAUGAUUUAGACAGUCACAUAAUGGAAGGAGGUAAAAUUGAGAAAAAAGUCCGUUCUGCUUUUUCCUCUGUUGAAAACUCUCCCCUUAUGGACAAGGAAAGUCUUUUAAGAUACAGUGCCAGCUCUAGAGAUGAAUUUUGGGAUGCACUCAGUUCGAAUUAUGAUUAUUUGAUGGAUGAUGGUUUAAUAAAUACCUGCAGAGAAGCCAGCAGUGAUCUUUCAGUUGAUGAUGACAGUGAAAUAUCUGAAAGUGCUUGUUGGAGUUUUAAAGAAUUUAUAGAACAAUUCAAAGCUUUGCAUGAUAUUCUACAUGAUCUGCAAAUAAAAGAAGACACCAAUCAAAACAGUGAUGAGGAAUUAUUGGAAAAACAACAGAAUAUAACCUACUAUUGCAAGCUAUUCAAUGAACAAGCACAGAAAUUGAGUAAACGUUACCCAGAAAUGAGGGAUGAAGUACAAAGACGACUAAAUAUUUUGAACAAUAAAUGGAAAGCUGUUGAGCAGUCCAUUAAACCCAAUAAUGUGAAGUCACCAACGAAAGACAACAUUUUUGAUGAAAUUACAUAUCGUAUGUCUAGUCUGAGGAAAUGGUUAAGAGAGCUUGAAAAUAGUAUUUGUACUGUCCACUGGACAUGUAACUGGACAAUUGAGGAAAAAGAAGAGAAUUACCGAAAGCAGUUAGAGUUACAGAAAGAAAUUGAAGAUAAGGGUAAACAUGUGAGUGCCUUGUUGAAGCUGUGUGAACGUAUCCAUGGAAAUGUGCGUUUUGGACAAAAUCCUCUCAUGACAUGGGAUGCAGAGCGUGUUCGAAAAGUUGCUGAGAAUUUGGAGCAUAAGUGGCAUCUAAUUUAUCUGAAGUCACUGGAAAGUUUGUGUAGCUUAGAAGGUCUCAUUGAAAGUUCAAAAGAGGGUCCAGAGAAAUUAGAAAAAAGUUUUAGUGAAGAACCCCUAAAGAAGUAUCCUAGAUUGAGUGAUAACUACGAGAAGAUCGCCAUAAUUGAAAAUGAGAUUAAAAGCAAAAUGAGCUGCAAGCGUGAUAACAUUUUACUAAGCAAGACUGAACAGGAGGGUGAAGCCGUUCUUAUUUGUGAAUUAACUAUGAAAAAUGAUAAAGCAGUAAUGGUGGGUGAUACUGGUAUUGCUGAGCUUAAAGCUGAGUGUGGAGAAGGAAAAUUUGAAAUUAUCCAGGACAUUGGAUACUCUAGUGAAACGUCAACUCAUCUUUCCACUGAUGAAAAGACUGGAGUGUCCCCUCCGACUCACCAUAAUGUGAGUUUUAUCAAAAGUUAUAGCCAAAUCUCUGCCAUUAAUAAUUCUCCAAAACUGUAUCUUGCACCUGAUAAAUAUCCAUCUAUUAGUGUAAAAACAUUAAAUAUUUUGUCAGACGAGAGAACAUUUUAUAAAUCGAAAGUAAAUGAGCCAAAAAGUGUCCCUGAUAAAUUUUAUCAGGUAACCUGCAUUGAUGAUGAAGGACCAGAAGAACCAACCACAUCUUGCACUGCUCCAGCAUGUGUUUCCAAAGAUGUGGUAAAUGCAAAUACCGAGCCAAAUUCUUCUGGCAUCAUAAAGAAAGUUCUUAAUGAAUGCAUGUUGCCACAAAUGCUUAAUUCCCAAAGAAAUACACCUAAAUUUCAAAAUUUAUCGAAUUCUUUAGACUCGUCCUCGGAGAAAGAAAUUCUUUUGCAAAAAAAAUUGAAACGGGGUUCAAGGGGUUCAAAAACUUUUCAUCAUCCUGCUGGUGAUGUUUAUAAAAAAAGUGAGAGAGUCAGUGAGUGGCUCAACAACUGCCAAAGUGCUGAUGAUGGCACCUCUGAUGACAACCAGGAUGUGCCAGAAAAACCUGCAAAUGGUGCGUGGUCUCUUAAGGAACUCAACAGCUCUUGUGAUGCUAGUGGAGAAUGCACGCCUAAUGAGUCAGACAGUGAAAAAUCUGCUGCGUCAGAUGUGAAUAACAGUGUAACAUUAUCACAAUCAUUUACAGGAUCUAUUGAGACUGUGAUUCCAGCUGUUGCAGAAGAGACUACACACGUGCAAAAAAGUGCCGCCGAUCCCUCUCCUGCAGUGAGGAUGCGGAAGAAGAGAAGGGCAAGAGACAGGCCGUGGAGUGUUAUAGAAACUGCCCAAGGAAUUUUCAAUCAUGCUUCUGUUCCUCAUUCCACUUCUGAGGGUGCUUUAGAUUUGCUUUACUCAUCACAAGAAUCUGGAAAAAUGCAUUUUAAGUCAAGAAAACUUAGCAAGAGUAAAAGAUAUUCACUGACUGAUGUCACAUUAUUGUGUUCCUCAAAUGUGAAGAGUUCAAGCACUGAACAUACUCGAACAUUAAGCCUGAGCAAUGCAGAGUCUGGUGGAAAGGGUUCAAUCAGUGACCCUAGCUCAGAUUUCUGUGAAAAUUCUUCUUAUGGACAGAACACUACUCUACUUGUGUCGGAAAAAGAUAGCAGUUUGGAAGUAGAAACUCUUCGGAGUGCUGGCAAGGAAAAGACUGAUGUGAUCAUGAAUAUUUUGCCUGAAAUUUCACUAUCUUUGGAAACAGACACAGCAGGCUCUGCUGUAAAUACUGAAGAUCAAGCUUCUAUUUCUGAUCAAGCUUGGGAUGAAUAUCAAGAUCCACCUUAUCUGAGUGAGCCUUAUUCUGAACAAACAGCCGAUGAGGAUGAAGUUAGGAAAUUGAUUAAUUUUGGUGAUGAUUACUGGACAGUUUUAGGUAGCUAUUCUGAUGUUUCAUCAGUAAGCUUGAAAGUGCCUCCACCCAAACACCACAGAUCAAGGACUAGAACAUUAAUAAAGUCUGCUGAUAGUUAUAAAACCAUCUCUUCAGACUCCAACUCAGAUACUGAAGACUUACACAAUAUCAUGAAGACAAGUAAACAUGCAUUGCAAGUUAUCAGCAACCACAUAAAAGAAAAUUCUACCAGGACCUCUUUUCCUGCUGAAAUAAGUGAACUGAAUGCUACUUGCCAAACUAAUUUGUGCCAUCUGAAUACUAUUCUUAAAGAACUGUCAACUAAAGAAUUUGGAAUUGAAUCUGUAAGCAGAGAGGAUUGGAUCAAGUUAAAAGAACUCAUAAAAGAUUGGGAAGAGCUUCAAGGAAAGAUAUUGUCGCUAUCAAGAGGUGAUCAGAAAAUUAACUCCUAUGAUCUUGAAGUAGCAACACUUGAUGUCCACAGUUCAUUGGCGGAAUUAAAGACACAACUGAGCAGUUUAUGUGAUCAUGCAGUUAAUUCUUUGGAUUCAGCACUUACAUUGAAGGCUAUUGCUAGCAACAUACAAUCUUUACAGAGUGGCCUAACCAAUGUGCAGGAGUUAAAAGAUUCUGUACUCUCAGUAAAUGCUCGUAUCCUGAGACUCAUUGCAAAUGGUGGUGGAUCUACUCUUGCACCUCUUAAAGAAAUCGCUACCAAACUUUAUCAACAGUGGGAAGAUGUUUAUGAGUUGCAUUGUACACAGUUGACUAAACUUCAAACUCUACAAUCACAAUGGUGUGAAUCUACUGAAAAAAAAUUAGAGGAAGAUUUUGAGACAACAAUACAGUGGAAACCAGUGCAAGUUGGUAAUAAUCUACCAAAAGCUGAAAUUAAGUGUGAAAUACCUCAUGAAAAUACUGCAGCUGAAAUUCAGGCAGCUGAUCACCUUGAUGUCACCUUUAGUAUUCAAAAUGUUCGACCCGAUCCCAUUGUGCAGUGUUCCAUUUUGGAUGGGCCAGAGAAAGAAGUUCUGCAUGAAGCUGUAAAACACAUAAAAGUAUCUGCAGCUGAUAGCAAUAAGGAGACAGUUACAAAGGAGAAUGGAACCAAGGCUAAAAAGAACAAAUCCUGCUUUUGGCGCUAUGUUGCAGCUGCAUUCCCUUUUCAGGUGGCUCUAGUCCUCCUUUACUGCAUAUCAUAUUUCUUAGACCCACAGUGCUGUGAAAACACAAAUAAUUAUGAUUUCACACUCUUGCCUCAACUACGAUAUUUCAAAGGGCCACCACCAGCCUGAAUUUCUUUCAUUUGUUGGACUCCUUUCUGAUUGUCACCGGUGUAAACAUUCUUACUUGUACUGCACAAAAACAUGUUUGUAAUUGUUAACAUCAUCUGACUGUUGCACUCAGUCUUUUAAAUUAAAACUCUUGAUUUAUGAAGUUCAAAAUGUGAUAUAAUUUAAACUUGUUUUUAGCGUUUUAUGUUCAUAUAUCAUUUAAGUUUAAAAUUAUUUUCAAUAUUUACUUUUUUACCCCUUUUUUGAAUUCAAUGAAUAAUUAUUUUUAAUUGCUUUAUUUACGUUAACUGACUAUUUAAAAAAUUUUGUAAGGUAAUUUAAAUUAUUUUGAAUUCCUUAUUUAAUAAAUUAUUUAGAAUUUCUUUUGAAUUCUUUUGAUUUUUUAAAAUUAUUAAUUUGCAUUGCUAAUUAUUUGUGUUUAUCUUAACAUUGCAGAAGAAUUCUUUUAGUAAUAGAAUAAUUAAAUUAAAUUGUUUUUAAUAUUUUAAAUAACCUGAUCAGUUUAAAAAAAAAAAAAAAAAACAUUGUAGAAUGUUUAUUUAAUAAUAAAAAUUUAAUAUUUCUCAUUCAUUUACUUUGUGAGAAGUAUUUAUGUCUGUUAAUUUGGCUUAUGAUUACUUAGUUAUUCUGUUAAUUAGUUAUUUAUCUUGAUAUCUGAAGAAUCGUCCAAUUUUUCUAUAUACAAUUUCUAUAAAUAAUAUUUUAAUUGUUUCUUAAUAUAGUCUCUCCCAUUAUCUUGUGCAACUGUUUCCCCCUUGAAUGCUUGUAUAUAGUUGGUUUUUCCGUCUUUUAUAAUUUUCAACUAAUAUCUUAGCAAUUAUUAUUCCUAUUUGAAUCGCAUAUCAAAAAAUAAGAUUAGUUUCGUUAUUAAUUUCUACUACCUUGUAAAAUGGAGAAAUAGAAGCCUAUAAUGAAUAAUUUCAAAUUCCUUUAUAUGUUUUUUUUUAAUGGAAAUUUUACAAAAUGUAAGUGAUUGUUACAAUUUUGUAAGUGUUCAAUUAUUUUUAAUGAAAUAAAAAGUAAUUGGGACGUUUUCACAUUUGGCACACUUGUUUUGUAAAACUAUUUUAAUUCUAAAAGAUUUUAAUUUAUAGUUAAAGUUAAACAAAGUUGUUUUUCUCUGUGAUUUUUCAAAAGUUGGAAUUUUACGAAUAAGUCAACUGCUUAAAAUCUUUGCUGUUUUAGUUAGUUUUAGCUGUUGAUAUAAUUAAGACCAGAAAAUAUUUAGUUAAUAUCGAA